AUGAUGACGCCCAUAGACUUGAACAACGCUUUUUUGCCCACAUUUCACAGGGAAUCCGUCGUGAGGAGCUUGCCAAAGGUAUGUGGAAACUAAUCGACCGUUUUAAGGGAGUCUGGUAUUUCUCGAAAAAGUAUUCAGAAUCGAGAAAAAAUUGAAAACCUAUUGUGAAAUAAGAUGACGUCAGACUUCGAAAAAAAACCCCGGAAGUCCUAAUUUCAAAAUAAUAAUGGGUUUCUUGAAGCUUAUUUUACAAUUUACUCAUUUUGCUCGCUUCAAAAGCUCGAGACCGCACCUAACUUAAUGGUGGCAUGCCAACUGCAGUUCCUGUUGAAUGCUCCCGACCGGAAACGGCUUGCGCGAAUUAUUAUGAAACUAUUGUAGAAAAGCAUGCUGUGAAGCUAGUGCUAACAGUUUCGUUGUGGAAAUUCCUUUUAGCUUCAAAAAAAAAAACUGCUUUUCCUACUUUAAAAACUCCGAGUUUCAACUCUAAUAAGAUUUGUUAUCCUGGAAAAAUGUGCAGUGGCCACUUUAGGGUUUUAAAGCACUGGUGGCCACCAAAGUAGUCGAAUCGUUGGCCACAUAAAUGGCUUUAAAUUUAGUGGCCUCUUUGGAUGUCCAAGGGGUACUACUCGACCAGUAAACAUUUUAGAGGCCACUUUAGGGAUCAAUAAACCGUAACCGGUUCGAUUUAUCUUGAGAUCAUCUGAGUUACAGUACUGUCAGAAAAUACAAAAUUUUCUGUGAACUGAAACGCAAAAAAAAAAAAACGUAUUUUCUGAGAACUGAAACUCUAUCAGAGAGUUAAAAACAACAGUCAUCACAGCUCCAGAAAGUUUCAGAAAGACUAGACUUCAUACAAGAAAGUUGUGACCAGGCUUGUGCGUCAGGCCAGGAGGCCCGUCCCGGGCCGACCUGGCCCGGGCUACGGGCACCAUUCUCAGGAAAAAGCCCGCGUGGGCUCGGGCCGGGCCGGGCUUCAAAAAAAAAUUUAAAGUUUCAUUUAAAAAAUUUUCACCAAGAUGUGGUUUAUACUUCUGAAAUCAUAGUUUUUGUUAAACUUGAAUUGAAAAACUGAGCCAAUACGUAAUUUUUGUCGUAAAAAAACUUGAUAUCCGGUUAGAAAAAAAUUGUGCGCUUCGGGCCGGGCGGGCCAUUUUUUCUUGAGGCCCCGCUAAGGCCGGGCCGGGCCGGGCUUACGAAAUGGUCGGGGGGCCGGGAGGGUGACGGGCCGGCCUUCGCACAAGCCUGGUUGUGACCGAAAUCCCGUUUUUUCGUGUAUCUUUUAACGGUUCUGUAAUCACUUGAAAGAAAAUUACUAAACUGGCCACUAAGACCCAAAAUAGUGGCCUUUCUAGAGCUGGUUUCUGUGUCAUCACCUCCAAGUAAGGAGGAACCUCUCAAGUCGGCACUAAAGGUUUUCCCAUCGAUUUGCUGUCAAUAUCAACCCUUAUCAGUUUAAACAAGGCUUCCAUCAAACAUGAGAAACAGUCACCAUAUCGAAUUUUAUAUGAGCAGCGUUGAAAAAAUCGGGUUUUUUUUCCGACUUUGAGCUUGAGCUUUUUUAUAGGUCAGUGAAACGAACAAUUCGAACAGAAUAAGCGUCAUUUCCUUCGUCCCUCAAUUGGGUUAGUUAAAAGAAACUUUUUGAUGAGGUUCCAAAUAACUAUAUUAAAACAGAUUGUACCGAAAACGAGUUGAGUUCCGGUUCAAUAAUACCUCAGAGAGGAAACAAUGAAAAUCGAAUCGUUGAAGAAGAAAUUUCAGGUGAACUUGAUUAACUUUAUCAGUAAUGAUGGACGAUUUUUAGCUAAAGCUGAAAAUGAAGAGGUUUUUGCGACAGAUUCCACACUUCUGCAGCCCUCCGAGAGAUAUGUCAGGAACAUGUUGAGGAAAAAAAGGCGAGCCGCCAGGAGGACGGAAAAAUUGGUAAGAGCCUAAGGAUCAGACGGAGAUUGUGUAAUAAUCAGUGCAAAAAAAAGUCACAAGAUGAUUAUCAGAACUUUAUUUUGCCCUACCUGUUCAAGAAUUUUAGAGUGAUCCCUAUAGAGAACGGAAAAGUGGUCACUAUAGGAGCCCCUAAAGCUUAAGUGGUCCCUAUAGGGGUCGUUCAAUUUCCUUCAAAAAAGGUUAUUUUUGGUUUUUAGCAUGAAAAUGCUUCCUCGCCUAGAGUUCAUAAAAAUCAUCGACUAGCAGGUCCCUGUAGGGGACACUAGCUAAAACCCCUAUGGGGACCACUUUUGAUUUAAUGGCCCCUAUAGUGGUUAGCAAAUUGGCCCCUAAGGUUACCCCUAGAGGGACCACUCUGAAGCUCCUAAGUAUGAUCACCCCUCAUACUAUCACGCAAGAUAAACCGCGAUAUAGCGACAAGAUUGACGCUAGUUCGCGACAAGAUCCAGGCGAUAUCGUCAGCGAGUACCAUGCCGUAUCGCCAGAAUCUCGCCGUCAUACCGCGGUUUGUCUUGCUUGAAGGUGAGUCUGAUUUCAGUUAUUUUUUGAGGUGAGCUUGGUUUGAAGUACUCGAAUAAUCCCUUCAGAUUUGAAUUAGUCUGAUCAGACAAAAAAAUGAAGAGCAAUGCUGAUAUAUCUUCGAACGAAAAAAAGAUAAAUUCCGGUCAUUAUUUGAAAAGAAGGAAUAUACAAAUUACUGAUUAUAAUUGAAAAAACUUCGAAAAACUUCGGAAUUUCAGAGCGAACAGGACCGAAGAGCGGACAACGCUCGAAACUCCGCCGCUUACACGGAAAGAAAUCGCAGAGAAAUCCAGGAACUCGAAGAUAUCAUUGAAAUGAGGCGUCGGAAGCUCACCGAAAAAAUGUCGCAUUUGAAGGGAGCCUAUGAUAAUGCGGAGGUUCGGAAAUCACAAAAGUUCAGCCAAUUCUUCGAAAAAAUGGUCCUAAAACGAUAAAAGAAGAGAUAGCGUCUGGUUGGUGGAGAGCGCAGGCAGUGCGCUUCUUAGCGUCUCAAGCUGACCGUGAAUCGGCACAAAGAAAACCAAAAAUUGCUCAAAAAUACUAGGAAGCUGGUGAAAAAUCAGUCAACAAGUUCAACAUUCAAAAUAAUCAGGGCGACACCGAAUCGACGCCACGCCUACCGCAGCAGCGGGGAAUAAAAUGUUUUGUACGCAUGGCACACGAUGCACAAAAAAAGACGCGCAAACAUCGAAUAUUUAUAAUUAAUAAAAUUAUUUUCUAACAGGGUUCGCCGGAAUAAAAUUCCACAAUAUUUAUAUUCUAAAAAAAAUCACAACUCGAACUCGAAUUCCUUUUAGAGAAAGAUAACUCUCUAUCAAUCCCCAAAUUUUUGUUUCACCUCUAAACAGUGGGCUGGUGUCGCCGUGAUAAUACAUUGCCAAAAUAUACGCUUGAGCAAGAUACGUCAUUUCUAGAAAUUCAAAAAAGGCGUGGAAUUCUCGAUUUCAGAAAGAUGAUGAUGUAUGAGCGGAAAAUCUCAAUUUUUUUUCAAAUCAAAAAUUUUCCAGACCGCUUUUCAAAUGCUGCAAACCGAACCGCCGAGAAGCAAACAUGCGCAACUUAUUGCUUUGUUAAUAAGAAGUGAGUUGAAGGUUUGCAAAAUGAAUACUUUGAAGUUUAGAGAACGAAGAAGACAAGAACCGGAUAUUCAACGAGCCGUUCAAACCCAUUGGAUCCAGAGAAGUUAGUUCAAGAUAAAUUUCUCGGAAAAAUACAAAUUUUCAGGCGGAAAUCGCUAACAUCGAAAAUCAGAUUGAACUUUUGAAAAAACGGAGAAGUGCAACGGUGAGAUUCAAUUUGAUUUAAUCAGUUACAGACCGUUCAGAUUUUGAACGUCAACUAAAAUUGGUUGAUCGAAAACGCUCUGUCGUUGGCUAGCUCUGAUUGGUUCAUCGCGCCAUUAGGGGCGGAGCUUGAGCUGCGACUAGAAAUUCAAAAUCUGAACGGACUUUUCUCUAAGGCAGGCAGUAUAUAGAAUUUGAUCCUUUGAAUUUCAAAAGAAUCAAUUUUUUUUGUUUGCAGGGAUGCCAAAAAAUGAAAGGAAACCUGUCAUCGAACAUCAGUCGCACAAAAGUCCGAUUAAAAUGUCUGAUGCUCUACAAUGAGAUUGAAAAUAUCGAAAAAGUAUAGUUUAAUCGAUUUUUCAAAUUUAUGUUUAUCACAACCACUUUCAUCCAAAAUUCUCAAGUGUACACAAAAAUUACCUGAUUUCAGCACAUCGAUUCGGUCAACGACAAAAUUAUCCGAUUGAAAGAAUUGAACGACCAAUUACGUGAAACAUUUAUCCGGUUACUUGUGGGCCCUUCGAAAUGA